GCUCUCCUCUCCCGCGCGGUGCGGAGCCGCCUCGCUCCUCCGCAGGCGGAGCCUCCUUCCCCCGCCCCCUCUGUCUCGCUCCCUUGUUCUCGCCGGGGCCGCUCAGACCUGCAGCGGAGCCGCGGCGCCCGCUCCGAUCUGCUCGGGGCUGCGCCCCCGGAACCGGGCGACGGGGUCGAGCGGGGGCGCCCCCCGCCAGACUGGGCCCCUUGGCAGUGCCAGGUGUGGAUCCAUGGGGUAGCCUCAACGCAUCUGCCCCUCCACCCCCGCCAGCUCAUGGGCCACGUGGCCUGGCCCAGCCUCACCAAGGGCCAGUGAACAGAGCCCUGGCUGGAGUCUAAACAUGUGGGGCCUGGUGAGACUCCUGCUGGCCUGGCUGGGUGGCUGGGGCUGCAUGGGGCAUCUGGCAGCCCCAGCCCAGGCCUGGGCAGGGUCCCGGGGACACCCAGGGCCUGCUCUGCUGCGGACUCGAAGGAGCUGGGUCUGGAACCAGUUCUUUGUCAUUGAGGAAUAUGCUGGUCCAGAGCCUGUCCUCAUUGGCAAGCUGCACUCGGAUGUUGACCGGGGAGAGGGCCGCACCAAGUACCUGUUGACUGGGGAGGGGGCAGGCACCGUAUUUGUGAUUGACGAGGCCACAGGCAAUAUUCAUGUAACCAAGAGCCUUGACCGGGAGGAGAAAGCACAAUAUGUGCUACUGGCCCAAGCCGUGGACCGAGCCUCCAACCGGCCCCUGGAGCCCCCUUCAGAGUUCAUCAUCAAAGUGCAAGACAUCAAUGACAAUCCACCCAUUUUUCCCCUUGGGCCCUACCAUGCCACCGUGCCCGAGAUGUCCAACGUCGGGACAUCAGUGAUCCAGGUGACUGCUCACGAUGCCGAUGACCCCAGCUAUGGGAACAGUGCCAAGCUUGUGUACACUGUUCUGGAUGGACUGCCUUUCUUCUCUGUGGACCCCCAGACUGGAGUAGUGCGCACAGCCAUCCCCAACAUGGACCGGGAGACACAGGAGGAGUUCUUGGUGGUGAUCCAGGCCAAGGACAUGGGCGGCCACAUGGGGGGGCUGUCAGGCAGCACUACGGUGACUGUCACACUCAGCGAUGUCAACGACAACCCCCCCAAGUUCCCACAGAGCCUAUACCAGUUCUCCGUCGUGGAGACAGCUGGACCUGGCACGCUGGUGGGUCGGCUCCGGGCCCAGGACCCAGACCUGGGGGACAACGCCCUCAUGGCAUACAGCAUCCUGGAUGGGGAGGGGUCUGAGGCCUUCAGCAUCAGCACAGACUCCCAGGGUCAAGAUGGGCUCCUCACUGUCCGCAAGCCCCUAGACUUCGAGAGCCGGCGCUCCUACUCCUUCCGUGUUGAGGCCACCAACACGCUCAUUGACCCAGCCUAUCUGCGGCGAGGACCCUUCAAGGAUGUGGCCUCUGUGCGUGUGGUGGUACAAGAUGCCCCAGAGCCACCUGCCUUCACCCAGGCUGCCUAUCACCUGACAGUGCCCGAGAACAAGGCCCCGGGGACCCUGGUAGGCCAGAUCUCCGCGGCUGACCUGGACUCCCCUGCCAGCCCAAUCAGAUACUCCAUCCUCCCCCAUUCGGAUCCGGAGCGUUGCUUCUCUAUCCAGCCGGAAGAAGGCACCAUCCACACAGCAGCACCCCUGGACCGCGAGGCUCAUGUCUGGCACAACCUCACUGUGCUGGCUACAGAGCUCGACAGCUCUGCACAGGCCUCGCGCGUGCAAGUGGCCAUCCAGACCCUGGAUGAGAAUGACAAUGCUCCCCAGCUGGCUGAGCCCUACGAUACCUUUGUGUGUGACUCUGCAGCUCCUGGCCAGCUGAUUCAGGUCAUCCGGGCCCUGGACAGAGAUGAAGCUGGCAACAGUAGCCAUGUCUCCUUUCAAGGUCCUCUGGGCCCAGAUGCCAACUUUACUGUCCGAGACAACCGAGAUGGCUCUGCCAACCUGCUACUGCCCUCCCGCCCUGCUCCACCCCGCCAGGCCCCCUACUUGGUUCCCAUAGAACUGUGGGAUUGGGGCCAGCCGGCACUGAGCAGCACUGCCACAGUGACUGUUAGCGUGUGCCGCUGCCAGCCUGAUGGCUCUGUGGCAUCCUGCUGGCCUGAGACUCACCUCUCAGCCACUGGGCUCAGCACCGGCGCCCUGCUUGCCGUCGUCACCUGUGUGGGUGCCCUGCUUGCCCUGGUGGUGCUCUUCGUGGCCCUGCGGCGGCAGAAGCAGGAAGCACUGAUGGUCCUGGAGGAGGAGGACGUCCGAGAGAACAUCAUCACCUACGACGAUGAGGGUGGCGGCGAGGAGGACACCGAGGCCUUCGACAUCAUGGCCCUGCAGAACCCAGACGGGGCAGCCCCGCCGGCACCCGGCCCUCCCGCGCGCCGAGACGUGCUGCCCCGGGCCCGGGUGCCGCGCCAGCCCAGGCCCCCCGGCCCUGCCGACGUGGCGCAGCUCCUGGCGCUGCGGCUCCGCGAGGCGGACGAGGACCCCAGCGUACCCCCAUACGACUCGGUGCAGGUGUACGGCUACGAGGGCCGGGGCUCCUCCUGCGGCUCCCUCAGCUCCCUGGGCUCCGGCAGUGAAGCGGGUGGCGUCCCCGGCCCCGCGGAGCCGCUGGACGAUUGGGGUCCGCUCUUCCGCACCCUGGCUGAGCUGUAUGGGGCCAAGGAGCCCCCGGCCCCCUGAGCGCCCGCGCUGGCCCGGCCCACCAUGCAGGGGCAGCCGGCACAGGCCCUCUGAGUGAGCCCCACGGGGUCCAGGCGGGCGGCAGCAGCCCAGGGGCCCCAGGCCUCCUCCCUGUCCCUGUGUCCCUCCUUGCUUCCCCGGAGUGCCCUUGCUCUCACCUCCCUCCUGCUGAGUCAGGCCGUGCGUCUCCCUCCAGGGAUUUUUGUCUACAGUUCCUCUGUCCGGGCCUGGGUUUCGUGGCCCUAACCCUGGCCCUGUGUUCUUUCACUGUGAUUCCUUUCCUUCCUCCGUGGCUGUUUUGUCUCUGCAGUUCUGAAGCUCGCACAUAGUCUCCCUGCGACUCCCUUGCCCACACACAUCUCUGUGUCUGUCUCCUGCCCACAUCUCCCUUCCCUCUGGGUCCCUGUGACUGGCUUUUUGGUUUUUUUCUGUUGUCCAUCCCCAAAUCAAAGGAAACUUCCAGCCACUGCUGCCCACCCUCCUGCAGGGGAUGCUGUGCCCCAGACCUGCCCGCAUGGUUCCAUCCAUCACUCAUGGCCUCAGCCUCAUCCUGGCUCCACUGGCCUCCAGCUGAGAGAGGGAGCCAGCCCUCCUUCCAGGGCCAGAGCUCCAGCCUCCCGUGUGGCCGCCUCCCUGGAGCUCUGCCCAGCUGUCAGCCUGCCCUGGGCAUCCCAGCCCUGGGCAAUGUCUUGUGUGCUUCCCAGGCCCCUAAGGGAGUAGGGGAAGGAAAGGGGGAGGCGGCUGGGGAAGGGGAAAGAGGGAGGAAGGGGAGGGGCCUCCAUCUCUAAUUUCAUAAUAAACAAACACUUUAUUUUGUAAAGCUGGA